AUGAAGACUUUGAACGAUCGCUACCAGUACGGCCUUGAACUUUUUCUACUCUCCAUCGACGAAGGUAUCACCGGAUACCGAGAUGACUCACUAGAAACUGUCAAGCGAAAUCAGCAGCAAUAUGAUAUGCCGCUGAAGAUCCUCUCAUAUGAUGAAUUAUAUGGUUGGACCAUGGACGCGAUCGUUUCACAAGUGGGCAAGAAGAACAACUGUACGUUCUGCGGGGUAUUCCGCCGACAGGCUCUCGACAGAGGAGCGGCUAUUCUUCAUGUCGACCAUAUUGUAACGGGCCACAAUGCCGAUGACAUCGCAGAGACGGUUCUGAUGAACAUCAUGCGAGGAGAUAUUGCGCGCUUAGGGCGUUGUACGAUGAUCUGCACACAGGGCGAGGAUACAAUCAGGCGGUCGAAGCCCUUCAAGUACGCAUACGAGAAGGAAAUAGUGAUGUAUGCCUAUUUCAAAAAGCUAGACUACUUCUCCACCGAAUGCAUCUACUCGCCUGAUGCGUACCGGGGGCAUGCUCGGACGUUUCUCAAGGACGUCGAAGCUGCACGGCCAAGUGCAAUCAUUGAUAUUAUCCAUUCCGGCGAAGCCUUUGAGGUUAGUGAGGAGGUCAAAGCUACACAAAAGACACAGCAAAUAUGCAAGCGUUGUGGAUACAUGUCUAGCAAUGAAUUGUGCAAAGCAUGUACUCUUUUGGAAGGUUUGGAGCGCGGUAUGGCGAACGCUGCUAUCACUGACCGUGCGCGCAAGAAGCUGGAUGCAGAAGGUCCGGCACCAGACAACCUCCGCACCAUACCCUUUUUCCAGCUGCCAUCUGAUCUCCGCCCGACGCCGUCGAGUCCGCCGGAACUGCCUAUGUAG